AUGCUCGAGUCGCUACUAGCUGACUUCUUCAGCUUAAUAUUUAUUGCAGUCUCCUGUGUCACCUACUACAUAUGGUGCUCGAAAUUUGUCUAUCCAUUUCUUCCGUCAUUUUUUGCGGCUGAUCAAGAUGGGCUGGACGAAGACGUCAACGAUGCCAGCUUCGAGAAACUCCUCCACAGGUUGUUCGCCACCACUAUAUCUUUAUCCAUGCUACUAAUCCAACUAUAUUUAUUCCAAAUCAUCAAUUUCCUUUCCAGUGGGGUCAAUAGACUAGCGUUCAAGUUGAGCUUGAAUUGUUUGAUGUUUUUGAUUGUAUUGUUGAUCCCAUUGAUCAUCAUAUAUCUUUUGACAAGCCACUUUUACCAAUUCUUCGAUAUCGAUUCGAAGAUCCUGAAGUUGCUCGAUAAAUUGCAAAUCAACAAUGGCAACCUUAGUACAAAACAAGUCACGACAUUGACUGUGCUAUUUUUCAUUUGCUGGUUGACAUGCGUCUCGAAAAUUCAAUUAUUAUUCCCAUCGACCAGACAAGAGGUUCAGGAAACCACGUCGAAAUUGAUCAAAGUCUCGAGCAACGAUUCCAUAACCGCAAAAUACAUCAUCAAUAUAUCACUAAUAGGAAUAACAAUGAUGGGAUCGAUCACCGGGUUUAAUUCUUUGAUCACAAUAUACAAAAACGUCUUCAAGAAAAGCAAGCCAACAGCAUCAUCAUCAUCAUCAUCAUCAUCAUCAUCAUCAGAAAUUGCCAAUUCCAAGCCAGAACAAAUAUCAAUACUCAAACAAAACCUCAAAAUUUUAUUGAAAAAUCACCAAGAAAUUCUGGAUCUAUUAGAAUCAAGACGGCAGAAAUAUUUGAUGUUGAAACGAUCCGUUGGUUUAGAAGCAUAUUCCCAACAAAACAUCAAUGAUUUACAAAAUCAGGUCGCUACAUUUCAAAAUUAUUUAAAAGUUAUCAAAUCAAACAUUCUAAAAACCAAAAACAAAAUCAACAAUUUGGAGGCCUCGACAUCCGUAUUCUUCGAUAUCAUCAAUUUGAAUUUCACAAAGUUUUCUAGUUUAUUCAACAAAAUCAUGGUGGUGUAUUGCUCGUAUCGUUAUAUUUCCAUCAUUCUAAUAAAGUUACCGUUAUUCAUAUAUUCAUACUUGUUUACCCCCAAUAAUAGCAGCAACCAUUAUCAUAAUCAUAAUAAUAUUGGUAAUGAUAAUGAAGAACAAAAUUCCCAUUCGUCAUUAUCUAUAAAUUUGAAAAAUUACCUUUCAAAAAAUUACUACCAAAAUACUAUUGACGAACUAUCACUUUUGAAUACCAUCGAAUUAUUCAUCUCUAUUUGUUUUUUCAUCACCUGUUUCACCGGGGUGUUGAACACUUUCAACAAUUUAAUUCUCAUUGCCUCGAAGAUCUCAUCUGAAAGGAAACUUUUAAGUUCAAUGAUGAAGUCGUCCUCGUCGACGAAAAGAAAUCUUCACAAAAGGAUGAUUUCCGAACCUAUCAAUGAUAACCCAUAUAGUCAAAGUAUAUCUAACUCGCCGAUCCAAACAAUAGAAAUAUCCAACCAAUCUCCAAGAGUUAAUAAUGACAUGGGAAACCCAUCAAUAUCGGUUGAAAACCACCAGCUUCAACCAAAAAUGUCUUCGCCUCUCAGGACACCAAAACGAGAAUUCAGCAAAUCUAUCUCUACUGGUUCGGCAAGGAUCAAAUAUUCCCAAAAUGUGGCGUUGACCCCCACCAGGGGAAAUUUCAUCAAAUCUUUGACUCCAUUGAAUUCACGAUUACAAGAGGCCAUUGCUCUUGAACAGGAUCCGGAUUCGGUGUAUGUUAACAAUGAUCAUCAAAAAUAUCAAGAGCAGCAGCAGCAGCAGCAAACAGGAUUGCUUGAGCCGUUCCAGACGGCUGCUCAAUACUCAGAAAUCGAUUUAAAACAACCACUAUUGAAACCUGCUAGCCAUUUCAACGAUAAACUCACCAUAAUCUCGCUGCAUUUUGAUAAUUUGAACAUUUCUGAGAAUUUGGAGCUUUUUGCUAGUCAAACCAACCAAGCAAAAUUAAUUUCCUCGUGUGAAAAAUUGUUGAUUAGUGAAUUGACGGUGAUUUAUAUCAUUUCUACCUCGUUAAUGAUCAGAUCCACCUUUGGUAACCAAUCGGUAAAUAUCAUCAAUAACUUGUUUGGGUUGUUUGAGUUCGAUAUCCAUUAUUUGGAAAAUUUGUUUGAAUUCUGGUUCGUGGUCGCUAGUGCCAUCACCUGUUUGGUGUUGGUCUUUGAUAGGAAAAAGAGUCUUAUUUUUGGUACGUUGAUCGGCAAUGAUGAAGGAUUUUUGGAUGAAGAAAGUAGUAUAGUUCAAAACUUCCAGCAAUAUUAA